AUGGAGUCCUCCGAAUCCUCGCCCGGGACGCCGUCUCGGGACUCGGCAGACAGCCCACCAACAGUCGCGACAUGGACCACCUCUCCCGAUGUUUCGCUCCUUGACGUGGCCCUCGACGACGACGGCUCGGGCGCCUCGCCGGCGGCGUCUCUGUCCGCCCGGCGCGAGGAGUAUGUCCUGGUGACGGGCGGCCUCGGCUUCAUCGGGAGCCACACGGUCGUGGAGCUCGUCAAGGCCGGGUACAACGUCAUCAUCGUAGACGACUUGAGCAACAGCUAUCGCAGCGUGCUGGACGGGAUACUAGAAAUCGCCCGCCGCCACCACGAGGACCACCGUCAGCGGUGCCCCAUGGUCGAGAUGCACCAGGUGAGCUACCGCGACCUGCCGGCCAUGCGGUCCAUCCUGGAGCUGCACUCGUUCCCCGGCCCGGCGGGCGCGCCGCCCGUCCGCUCCAACAUCGUGGGCGUCAUCCACCUGGCCGCCUACAAGGCCGUCGAGGAGAGCAUCCGCCACCCCCUCCGGUACUACCAGAACAACAUCAACGGGCUGGUGGACCUGGUGGCGCUGCUGGGCGAGUUUGCCGUCAAGACCUUCAUCUUCUCCUCGUCGGCCGCCGUCUACGGGACCCUCUCGGCCGGCGGGGGCCGCCCCCUCCGGGAAGAGAUCUGCGCACACCCGGCCGAGCGGGCCGGCACCGAGACCGGGGCGCCCUCCUCCUCCUCCUCGCCGCAGAGUGACGGCGGCGGCGGCGGCGCGUGUGCAGUCGGCUCAAUUUGCUUCCGUGUCGGGCGGGUGGUGCGUAAUGGAGGAUUCAAGUGUGUCUGUGGUGCGGGCCGUGUUUGUGGUCAAGUCCGGAAUGAUGAGUGCCAUGUCGUGUAUUAG